UCGCCCCCGCCCCCAUUCCCCUCCACUCCGCCCCGCCGCCUCUAUCCCGGAAGUUGCUGCCGGGCGCUCGAAAGCCAGCAGUUCAUCUCAGCGAUCUGGAGCGGUCGCGCUUGCGGAGCCGUCACCAUGCCGCUGGCUAGAGAUCUAUUACACCCUUCCUUGGAAGAGGAGAAGAAAAAACAUAAGAAGAAACGGCUAGUUCAGAGCCCAAAUUCUUACUUCAUGGAUGUGAAAUGUCCAGGUUGCUACAAGAUCACUACAGUCUUCAGCCAUGCUCAGACAGUGGUUCUUUGUGUUGGCUGUUCAACUGUGCUGUGCCAGCCCACAGGAGGAAAAGCCAGGCUCACAGAAGGCUGUUCAUUUAGAAGAAAGCAACACUAAUCAUCUAUACAAGGUCCUGAAUUUGUGUUUUUCACAGAAAGCCUUAUCAACUUCAGUUAUUCUACCAAGACAAUGUAAUUAUUGUUUGAUUUUAUAAAGUCUACAACAAUGAUCUCCUAUUUUGGUGUCGGUUUUUCAAUAAAGUUUUAAUUAUGGACAA